AUGUCGACAGCACGCAUACUUCGUCCACUCGGGACAACACUCUCACAAAAGACCUCGACGGCACUCCGACAUAGAGUCUGCUCUUCAUGUCUUCAGUCAAGACGAACAUUCGCCACCACACGCCCGGUUGCGGCCUUGUCGUCCGCCCAGAAUGAACUACUGGGAGAGCACCUGGAGAAGGCCGACCCGCAGAUGUACGAGAUCGUCCAGCGGGAGAUCAGGCGGCAGCAGCAUUUCAUCAAUUUGAUUCCGUCAGAGAACUUUACCUCCCAAGCGGUGCUGGAUACUCUUGGCAGUGUAAUGCAGAAUAAGUAUUCCGAAGGAUACCCAGGAGCUCGCUAUUAUGGAGGCAACGAACACAUCGAUGAGGCCGAGAGGCUGUGCCAGAAGAGGGCGUUGGAGACUUUCAGGUUGAAUCCAGAUGAAUGGGGUGUCAACGUUCAGCCGCUAUCUGGGUCACCAGCAAAUCUCUAUGCGUACUCAGCUGUGCUCAACACACAUGACCGUAUCAUGGGGCUUGAUCUCCCGCACGGUGGUCAUUUGUCCCAUGGCUACCAGACUGCCACCAAGAAGAUCAGCAUGAUUUCGAAGUAUUUCGAGACCUUACCCUAUCGAUUGGACGAGAAGACAGGCUUGAUCGAUUAUGACAAGCUGAACGACCUGGCACAUUUGUACCGGCCAAAGCUGAUCAUUGCUGGAACUUCGGCAUACUCUCGUCUGAUCGAUUAUGAGCGAAUGCGGGAGAUCGCGAAUUCCGUGAAUGCUUAUCUACUGUCUGAUAUGGCACACAUUUCAGGUCUCGUUGCUGGCGAUGUCAUUCCCUCACCAUUCCCACACUCUGAUAUCGUCACGACCACAACUCACAAGUCAUUGCGCGGACCACGUGGCGCUAUGAUCUUCUUCCGCAAGGGUGUCCGAUCAACAACCAAAACUGGUGAGAAGGUCAUGUAUGAUUUGGAGAACCCAAUCAAUGCUUCUGUUUUCCCAGGCCAUCAAGGUGGCCCGCACAAUCAUACAAUCAGUGCGUUGGCGGUUGCUCUGGGCCAGGCACAAACCAAGGCUUUCAAGGAGUAUCAGCAGCUGGUCUUGCAGAACGCCAAGUCUCUGGCUAAUCGGCUCGGGAAUCCCACAAGUGCUGAUGGUUUGGGCUAUAACGUGGUCAGUGGUGGCACUGACAAUCAUCUUGUGCUUGUCGAUUUGAAGAGCAAGGGCGUCGAUGGUGCGAGGGUGGAGAGAGUGCUUGAGCUGUGUGGUCUGGCAGCUAACAAGAACACUGUCCCUGGCGACAAGUCGGCGUUGAAGCCUGGUGGCUUGCGGAUGGGCACUCCAGCAAUGACAACUCGUGGCUUUCAGCCAGCAGACUUCGCGAGGGUUGCUGAUAUUGUAGACCGAGCCGUCAGCAUAACCAUACGCGUUGACAAAAAGGCUAGGGAUGAUGCCGAGGCGAAGAAACGAAAAGCUCCCGGCAGUGUCAAGGCGUUCCUAGAAUACCUUGGCGAAGGCGAGUCAGAAACCGAGAUCAUGGAGCUAAGGAAGGAGGUGGAGGGUUGGGUUGGUACAUUCGAGCAACCGUGGAUUAAGGCGUAA